UAUUGUUAAAUAUUUAUUAUAUCCCGAGAAAAAAUGGACUUAUGCGACUAUAUGUACAAGAUCGUAUAUGGCCAUAUACAGGGUGGGCUCAAUUUUUCCGGCCAGAUUUUGAGAUUUUAUAGGAAAUUUAAUUCUAAACAAAAAGUUUCCUAUAAAUGGCUCGAAAAAAGCUUUCAUAAAAAGUUAGAGCUCAAAAAGCUCUGAAAUCGCGAUUAUUUUAUACAUUUUUACAAAUAUCAGAAAGAGUAUGCAUUUUUAAACAAAAAAUAUCAAAACAAAAAUUGUAGAAAAUUAAAUUAUUUGUCAAAUGAAAUCAAAAUGAUUGUAAUACAUUUCAUAGGUUUUGAAAUGAAUGACUAGUUUCAAAUGUACAAAAAAGUGUUAAUUUUAAAGCGCUAACUUUUUAAGGAAGCAUUUUUCAACCCAUAUUUAUAGGAAACUGGCCGGAAGGUUUGAGCCCAGCCUAUAUAAUUAUAUUCGAAAUUUGGCGUGAUUAUAUAUGCGUUUAUAUAAUCACACUAAUUUUCGAAUAUAAUUACAUAUAAUCUCGUGUGCAUUUUUUUUUUACUCGGAUGGUUCCGAAUAAGCGUGAAAAAUAUUAUUAAUAUAAGUGUAAAUUCUCGAAUACACGAUAAAUAUAUUUAAUAAUAAAAUUUAUAUAUGAAAUAAUUGAGUUUUUGAAACACCUCGCAUUAUAAAAUAUCUUAGAUGUUGUUAAAAAAUAUUUAAAAAAGUUAAAAAAAUAAAUAAAUAUAUUCAUCACAAAAGGCAGAGAAAAUCUUCAAAAAUAUAUUAUAAUUUACACGAGAGAGCAAUCGUUCGUUUCCAUUACUUAUUAAAUCAUAAAUGAUAUACAUUAUUGCUUGAUUCUUUAUUUAAAACAGACGUGUGCUGCGUGUAUGAGAGCGUUAAUUUUUAUGACUGCGAUAAUUUUUUUAAACCCAAGAAUUACGCGUGUGCGCGCGAGAAAUGGUAAACUCGACCGAAGUCUAAGGCCGACGUCUUUUUUUUCCAGCGCUAAUAUUGUAGUACGCACACAGUGUUCGUGGAGAAGAGAAUUGAGACGACUGUGGAGGCACAAAGAGGAAUGUCGACGUCCCGACGAAGAGGCGGAUAGAUUUUACUUUACUAACGAGAUUUCCUGAGCAACUCGCGAACGAAAAUGAGGCCAUUCGCAAUCGUUCCCGCCCUUGUCUCUUGGUUAACAAUCGUCGAUUGCGUUUCGACCAGAAGAUUCUGCGAUCCGGAAACCGGAGACGAUUUCCAACGCGCACACGUCGGCCUGAUUAUCUCGCCCAUAAUGUCCAUUAAAAUGAUACGAGAGAUCGAGAUUUAUUGGAAUCACGUCAAGUAUCGACCGGGCGAUACGAUAGCUCUUUACACGGGCGAACCCACCGACGGCCUCGAGCCAAUUUAUACCCUGAUACCGAACGCGCCGAGUGGUAUCAAGAGAACCGGACUGCAGGCCACGUUCGUUCCCACCUGGACCCUCAUGUUCGUUCAACAGUGUCUACAAUACCAUGUCGCCUGGCUAAGAAACGGCACAAUAAGACUGACAAACUGUCUGCAAACGCAGCCUCACUGGAUGGCAGAAAGGAGGAACAUUCUAGGAUCAUUGCCGAUGAGCAGAGUAUUUUUGCCAGGUACACAUGAUUCUGCAUCCUACGCCAUACACGAGCGGGCGAACUCUGAGAAUAUCGUCGAGAAAUUUGUAAUAACCCAGGAUGUGGACGUGCUCGCGCAAUUGAUUUAUGGGGUUCGAUAUCUGGACAUCAGGGUCGGGCACUAUCCUAACACGAACUCGAUAUGGUGGGCCAAUCAUGGGGUUUUCAAAUCUGUCCCCAUGCAAAAUGUCGUGAACCAGGUGAAGACCUUCCUUAACAAUACGAACGAGAUCGUGAUAUUCGAUAUCCAGGAAUUUCCCGUUGGCUUUGGGAAAAAUCUGGGAGUACAUCACGAUUUCGUUGGAUUCCUCGAGGAACAAUUUGCCGGAUACUACUUGCCAAAGAGUUAUGGAUGGACCAGCACGCUAAAUACAAUCUGGUCAUCUGGGAAAAGACUCAUAAUCGGUUACGACGAGAAACGAGUCGUCAGCCGCUACGAGAGCGUGUGGCCCUGCGUAACACAUCAAUGGGGAAAUGUCAGGAAUAUUGAAGAUUUGUUUAACUAUCUGGAUCGUAUCGAAAUGGAAAGUCUCGGACAUCCUAGAGCGACACCGAGAUCAGCGAUGGCAGAAUUGACGCCGAACACGUGGGACGUAAUAUUAAAUCGGCUUGGAAGCAUUCGCCAGAUGGCAGAGAAAGUUAAUAUCAACGUUACAAAUUGGUAUAAUAGCAAAUGGCAACAUACGGCCAAUAUCGUCGCCGUCGACUUCGUCCGAUCGUCCGGCAUCAUCGAAACUGCGAUCGAAUGGAACGAAAGACGAAAUUCGCAUUGUUAAGAGAGAUUUUGCGUAAAAGUAAAAAAAAAACUUAUAAACCAAAAUUUGUUAAUACAUUCAAAUUAUAAUAAUUCACAGCAUGCCGAGCAGCGUAAGAGAUUUUAUGCUAGUACUUAAUAAUUUAUUAUCUCCACACAAUAUUUUGUGUGUUUAGUUAUGUUUUAUGGAUAUAUAUAAUAAAUUUUAUACGCACAAGGAGUGAAUCACGCAAAUAGAUAAUGUCUAUAAUUAAAAUUAAAAAAAAUAUAA